UUUAUUAGACAUGAGUACAGAUGGCAGCAGACAGCGCUAUGUGUCAACCUUCAGGAUGCACAUCACACCAGCCCGGGCACCACCUCCAUCCAGGACCCCGGUCAGCCGCACCGCUGAAGAAUCCUUCACUCUGUCCUCCUGUAAAGCCCUGGAGCCGCCGGUCUUCACAGAGCCUCUGGAGGACUGCAGUGUGGACGAAGGCUGCGACAUCGUUCUGCGAGGCGUUCUCUCUGGAGCUCCGCCCAUCAAAGUGGUGUGGCUGCAUAACGGUGAAGUCGCUUACUUUGGGAAAUCUUCCUUCGAUGGCAGGAAGGUGAGUUUCGUGGUCAGGGAGUGUUUGCCAGAAGACGCCGGCGCCUACACCUGCCUGGCAGAGAGCAGCGCCGGGAAGACAUCCUGCAGCGCCGCCGUGUUUGUCAGAGACUUUGAAACUAUCUGCGGUGUGUAUAACGGCGUUUCAAAGAUCCCCGGCCCUGCGUCCCAGAGCAUGAUGGGAAAUGGAAAGUCUCCACAGACUCCAGCGUCUGUCUGCACCUCGCCUUCAGACUCGCAUAAGAAAACCCCCGUCUCACCUCCAAGAGAAGUCGUCCCAAAGAAGAGAGCCACCUCAGGAACAGGCCCAGUGUUACAUUUUCUGAACCCACCACAGCACCACGAGGUGAAAGUGGGUCAAACUGCCAGGCUGACGUGUUUUUUCGCCGGUAGCCCCCCUGUGGUGUCCUGCUGGAUCCGGAACAAAGAUCAGGUGGCGGACGGCGCGGAGCUGUGGACGGAAAACACCGACCGGAGCAGCACCUUGGUGAUAGCAGAGGCCAAACCACAUCACAAAGGAAGCUACACGAUUGUCGUCAAGGACCGGAAGAGCUCCGCACAACACACAGUCACACUUUCUGUUAUUGAGAAGCCGGAGCCCCCUGCGUCCUGCCCGGUCGUCUCCCUGCUCUCGGCGUCCAGCCUCGUGCUGUCCUGGUCGGGGCCUUGUUACGACGGCGGCAGCGCCGUCCUGGGCUACGUGGUUGAAGUGAAGAAUCAAACGUCCCCUGAACUGAGAGACUGGCGUGAGCUGACAGCCCACUGCAAGAGUACGUCUUACCGGGUUUCCUCCGGGCUGCAGCCUCAAGAAGAAUACCGUUUCAGAGUGAGAGCCUUUAAUGCAGCGGGGAUGAGCGAGCCUGGGCCAGUGUCACCCGUGGUUAAGAUGGAACAGAAAGAUUCAAAGAGAGAUGAAGACGAGUGCGCUCCUCAGCAGUAUGCCUGCGUUACCAUCGACUCGUCCAGCAGAGUCACCGAUCACUACGACUUGCAGGAGAAACUGGGGAUGGGGAAGUUCGGCCUGGUCUUCAAGCUGAUCCACAAGGAGACCGGCCGGGUGUGUGCCGGGAAGUUCUACAAGGGCCGGCGCGCCAAGGAGAGGGAGGCCGCCCGCAAAGAGAUCGAGCUGAUGAACCACCUCCACCACUCCAAGCUGGUCCAGUGUCUAGCGGCGUACGACCACAAACCCGAGAUGGUCAUGGUCAUGGAGUUUAUUGCAGGCGGGGAGCUCUUCGAGCGCAUCGUGGACGAUAACUUCGAGCACACGGAGCCCGCCAGUGUCCUCUACAUGCGGCAGAUCCUGGAGGGGAUCUCAUACAUGCACCGGCAGAACAUCGUCCAUCUGGACCUCAAGCCUGAGAACAUUGUGUGUGUGGACACUUCCGGCACCGCCAUCAAGAUCAUCGACUUCGGAUUAGCCAGCAAGCUCGAUGGAAGCGCGCCUCUGAAGGUGAUGCACGGGACUCCGGAGUUUGUAGCGCCUGAGGUGAUCAGCUACGAGCCGGUGUGUUUGGCGACCGACAUGUGGAGCAUCGGGGUCAUCUGCUACAUUCUGCUGAGCGGCGAGUCUCCCUUCCAGGGGAACAGCGACGCCGAGACCCUGGCCUCGGUCACCGCCGCCGAGUGGGAGUUCGACGAGGAGAGCUUCGACGACAUCACCGAGGAGGCCAAGCAUUUCAUCGGCUCGCUGCUCGUCAAGGACGCCAGGCGGAGGCUGUCCUGCAAAGAAGCCCUCGCUCACCCCUGGAUGGCAGCGUUCGACUCCGGAGAUCACGCCGCCACCAAGAGUCUGUCGAAGGAGAAGAUGAAGAAGUUCCUGGCCAGGCAGAAGUGGAAGAAAGCUGGCAAGGCGCUGUUGGCCCUGAAGAGAAUGGCGUUGUUGUCGAAAAAUGAAAGCUGUGCAUCCCCAACAGUCGCAGGAGAAGACUCUUCUCUGAGCCCGGAGGCGGAACACGCUCUGCAGUCUCUUGAACGCAAGAUGCAGGGACCCCCCGUGUUCACCAGGACCUUAGAGGACCAGACGGCGGUCCGGGGACGAGGCGUGCGUCUCUCGUGUCACCUCACAGGGUACCCCGACCCGGAGGUGGUGUGGCUGCGCGGCGAGGAGCCGCUGGAAGAGUCCCCCACGGCGCAGAUCGAGUACGAAGAGGACGGCUGCUGCACCCUGAUCCUCGCCAGAGUCCGGCCGGAGGACGCCAACAUUUACACCUGCAGAGCCGCCAAUGAGCACGGAGAGACUUCCUGCUCGGCCAAACUAACUGUUCUCUAGAGUUUAGGGUUGUUUUUUUUUUUUUUUUUAAUGUAUAAAAGCUGUAUAAACGCUGUAUGUCAAGUGUCAACAGUAGCCGUGUCUUACAUUAAUCUUUUAAUACAGGGGGAACUAACGACGUUAUAUUGUGCGGCCUGAUUGAAAAUAUCAAACAGGUCAUAUUUUAAAUGUUACACAGUGAAAUGCGAAGAGCUUGAUGUUUUAGGGAGCGCGUAUGGUUUUUAUAUUUUGACAUAAUGCAAUAUUAAAGGAAUUUAAUAUA